UCAAUGAACCACUCGGCAUGUGACAUGCGGACACAUUGGACACGUGGAUUGACCGUGGACAUCCCGUGUCAGGUGCAAAGUCCCGCCAUCCCUAGGGAACGUUGGCCCCGCCCACUUCACCCUAUCUCACUCUCAGUUGCCAGAAUACGUGCAAAGGGGUGAGACGAACCAAUGGGUCAAAGUUCCCGUCUUGCCCCGCCCUAAAAGGAGGACGGGACAAGCUUUUUUAUUUUUCUCUAUGGAAACUUUAUUUUUAAUUUUAUGUUAAUCAAAAUGACACACCAUUUGAUGAUUGGAAUUUCCAUGUCAAAUAAUAUCCAACAAUCGAAAAUAAAUGAUAAAACGUAUAGUAGUUAAUAUAAUGCAACACUUUGCCCCUGCUUUUCUUGUCCUUUGUGUGUUUUUGUGUCUUUCUUUUAGUUGCACGUUUCCUCUUCAUAGAGCUCAUCCGAAUGACUUGACCGAAUUAUUGAAUCUAAUGUUUACUACAGGUUCCCAAAAAUGUGCCGGUCGAGCUAAGAAAAUGACAGCUGAAAAACAGCUUAUCGGAUCACAGGAUUUUACAAAGUCCGAUAACGCGGAGGCCAAACGCAUACUAAGCGGCGACGACCUCCGCCAAUACGAGCAACUAGUCAUCAUGAAAAAAUACCCAUACUUGGAUUUGAAAGAGUUCGAAAUUAAGUUCGGCCCGUCAGUCAAGAACGCGAAGUACCGUGAUGCAGGGAUAGCUGAAGGUGGUGAAUGCAAGCUGACUGACGAUGGACCCCGCGUCGAGAUAUUCAGCAGAGGCAUAUCUGGUUUUGCUAUACCUGAGAAACCUAUUAAUAUAGCCGUGAAGGGCGUGAAGUCAGCGCAAGGAGGGGAACGUGUUGUAAACAAGAAUAUAAAUUUCAGGGAAAACUCGCGAGUUUGGAAGAAUCUCAAAGAUUUUGAAAGGAAUGAUUUAGAUUAAUUAUUUUCAGUGAUUGAAUUUAAUGAAUUAA